AUGGACCUCUCUGCGAGAAUGGAGGCUGAACGAGAGCUCGGCAAGAUGGGAGCAGAUCAAUUGAAGAGAGAACGUGUGGCCAUAUCGAAUGACUUGAAACGACUUCAAGAUCAAAUCGGAGAUCUCGCCUUCAAUAAUUACCGCACAUAUGCUAACGCCAACCGAACGACCAAACAUUGCCAACAAACUUUUUCGGAGCUCAAUGGGAUUCUUGGCGAUAUGUCUCAUCAGAUUCCGUCCGUGGUUACAGAGGUGAAUGCUUUAAACAACAUACUGAAAAAGCAGCGCCUUCAAACUGGCAUCUUACAAGAAGCCGCGGGAACUGAAAACCCAAUCAAGAAGAUUCUCGAGAUGCCAGCGUUGAUGGAUUUAUGUAUUCGCACGGGUUCUUAUGAUGCUGCUUAUGCACUCACUAACUUUGGAAUGACUCUCAAUCAACAAAUUGCAACUCUACCUGAUGGAGAAUAUAAAAAGCUUUUUACGGAUGUAGCUGAGCGCCUUAUUGCUUCAAGGUCGUUUCUAUUGGAAGAGCUUUUUAAUAAGUUUGGUGGACCUCUUGAUUUAGCUGAAUCAAUUCAGGUUGUGAAAAACGUGCGCAAGAUCCCAUAUCUUACAAGUACUCAGCUGCGUGUUUCCAUCCUUCAAUACAGGGAUUUAUACUUGGAUAAGCAAAUCCUCGAUGUGUCGGCCAACCCCGAAUUUGCUCUACAAGCAAUUGAAAUUUAUCGCAACUGUAUGUACGACACAAUGGUCCUUUACAUGGCAGUGUUUCCUGAAAACGAAAUUGUGCGACGAGAUCCGGGAGUUGAUCCACGCUGGGAGCAAUGGUCAGCAAACAGUCCAUCUUCUGUUCUAGCUGAGUGGGCAAUCCGUAAUGUUUACCGUCUUCUCGAAUUAAUUGAACGUGCCGAUAUGAAAAGUCAAGUGGAUAUGUCUGCAGUAUGGAAUAAAUUGAUGGCCUUUGGAGCUUCGUUUGGUCGAAUGGGACUCGAUUUUCGUCCCUUAAUUGCCGAUUCGCUCAUGACAAUGGUUAAAAAGCGUUUCGUAGAUAAUGUUCGUCAAGUUACACAUCGGCUUGUCAACGACGUAAAAAGAAUCGAAGUUCACGGUGGAGAUGCAAACUGGGAUUCUGCGGGUAUGAAAGCCAACGUUAAUGGUGGACCUCCUCAACCAGCAGCUGAAAUCUCAAUGUGCGACGAACUAUGUAUCUAUGGAAAUGGAAUAGUGGAGUCACUGAAUGUGCUGCGAUAUUCCUUGAGUCCAAUACUGCUGCCAUUUGUUGUGUCUACUCUCCGCGAUUCGUUGUUGUCGAUCUUUUCUUGGUUGAGUUCGCAUCGCUCAUCGGUUCAUUUUUCCCGUGCUGUUCGCAUACUGGCAAUUCAUUUAAUUGAUUUCUUCAACAAGUGUAUCUUAUUCUACUUUCCAUAUUCUACUAUCAAUCGACUCUAUGGAUCUAGUCUGCCUCGCCACGAAUACGAAAAAAUUUGCCAUUUGAAUGUUCGCGAUAUUCUGAAUGAAUGUGAUGGUGGCGAAACGAUGAAAGAGAUUCUUCAAACCGAUUUGGAGCCUCCAAAAGUUGAUGAUGAUGUCUUAGAAACUCUUUUAGCCAAGAAAAUACCAAUCGCAGAUUUUUCUAAAUCAGAAGACAAUGAUACAACUUCUGAGCCGCCUCCCGAAGAUGUUUUGCUGAAUGCUGCGGAAAAUGCUCCAAAUUCAAAACAGCCUGAAACAUUGCAUUUGGGCACAGCUCCAUCAUCCAGUAGCACUACAAUUCCAAACGCUCAUCCUGAUGUCACUAUUGAAUCUACUCAAUUGUCAGAUAUGGACAUUACGGAAUCAUCAUCUUUGACUGAAGCUUUGCAGACAGAUUCGACGCCUCUGUCAUCGAUGGAUUUGGUUACGACAUCCAGCGGGCGAAUGGUUCCAACAGAUGUCACCUCCUAUAACACUGCUAGGACGAGCGUUCGUUUUUCAAUUGACGGUGAUGAAGAUGUUGACAGUGAUGAUAUUAGCGAGACAAACGAUUUGAAGACGCACCACUCUUUCCAGUCGGCUCAUUCACCUUCAAACAUGUCUAUUGCUAAAACGGAUACAUUGCUUGAUGCUGAAAAUAGCCGUGGCCAUAAUAUUUCGAUUGAAAGCGUUGAUGAAGCGGCUACCAAUAAUGAUGAAUGGGGAUGGGGUGAUGAUUCUGUGGAUCCAAAUGAGCCUAUGAAUGAUGGUGACACUGUAGAAAUUGAUUUGAAUGAAGAGCACAACGUUCCACCGAUGAAGUCGCCAAAGAAAGAUGGUAAAGCCGAC